AGCCAAUCACAGAAACUGUUGUUAGGAGAACAAGUUGAGAGUUCUGUUUACAUGUACACCGGUAUAUUAAGCAGACUCAAGCCUGCAACUGUCAAAGGCACAUUCAGUUGAAUACUGUUUAUUGAAGAUAUAAAAGGCCCCGACAUGUUCCGGCGUGCGGCGGGGAAGACCCUGGGGUUCGUGGGAUUCGCCAUCCAGUACGGCUGCGUGGCGCACUGCGCCUUCGAGUACAUCGGGGAGUUAGUGGCGUGUUCCGGACCCUCCAUGGAGCCCACCAUCACCAGCAGCGACCUGGUGUUCUCCGAACGGCUGAGCCGCCAUUUCUACAAGAUUGAAAAGGGGGAUAUCGUAAUUGCAAAAAGUCCCUUUGAUCCAAAGAUGAAUAUUUGUAAAAGAGUAAUUGGAUUAGAAGGAGACAAAGUCUGCAGCAGUGGCCCAUCGGAUGUCUUUAAAACACACACUUACGUCCCGAAAGGCCACGUAUGGCUGGAGGGGGACAACUUGAGGAACUCCACGGACUCGCGGAGCUACGGCCCCGUUCCCUACGCCCUCAUCCGAGGACGGGUCUGCUUAAAGCUGUGGCCUCCACAUGACAUUGGCACUUUGAAGAAAAGUCCAAAUGGAAGAAUUGCAAAAAGCAGCUGACUGUUCACUUUGUUCUGUAAAUAAAUCUGCUCGAACAUUUUUAAAUAAAUGCUUAUUUAUACACAA